GCAGCUGAACUGAUCGGAAGCACGUGACGCAUCACGUAAGGCUCCAAAUUUGAAAGCGAUGGCCGUGUGUGUGUGUGAGUGUGUGCGCGUGUUGAUGAAUAUGUAGCAGCAAAAAGGCGUGGAAGCCGUGGCCUGGAACUGAACCUGAGGUAAUAACACGGCCUUCGUAGCAGCUCAGUUCUUUUACAGGAAAAUCUAGAAGAUGCCUCUGAAUUUCUAAGAUGAACAAUGUGUGGAGUUACUUCAGCUGAAACCCCCCUUCUUACUGCUGAAAACUUUGAGAGCUCUCUGGCCUCUGAUGACCUACUGGUUUACUACUUCAAUGAGUUCUUAAGUCUGCCGUCUUUCUCAGAAGCUUUGGUAUACAACCAGCAAUCUGGACUUUUUGAGGUGGUGACUGAAAAAGCUGACAUUGUCGCCAAACAGAUCAGAGCUACCCUGAAAAUCUAUAAAUCAUUAAUGCUUUCUGAUGACCCAGACAUAUUUUCCAAAAUGCCACCUAUACCGGACAUCUGUUUCGCUGUCACUUGCCUCAACAGAAAAGAAGGUUUUCAGUGGAUUAAGGAAAAAAGACUGCCCUUCUUCCUGCAGAGCGAUAGCUACCAUGAAUACAGACUUGCCAAGCUGCUGUUUCAGUGGAAGCCACCCCUUUGGAGCUAUUUGAAAAACUGGUCAGAUGAAACAGACACUAGCAGUCCUGAAACCUCAAAAUUGCUUGAUCCCUCCUCUUCUGAAGAAUAUUCUUCAGAUUCUCUGGAGAGUACAUCACCGGAACCAGACAACCUCACUGCUGAAGAACAGCCAGAGUACUUUGCUAGGAAAGUGGUUAAUCAGGUGCUUAAAGAUGCUGUGAACAUGUUGGAGGGAGAAAAACAGGCCGAAACCUCUGAGAGCCUCAGCCAGCCAGACCUCUCCAGAACAGAUGACCAACAGCAAGCAAAUAAAGAUGAAGCAACACUGGAGAGGAAGAAAUCAACACCACUGAACAGAGCAAAGAAUAGUAGAGACAUCUCAGCAGAGGAUAAGAGUCCUGUUUUGUGCUGGCAAGUCUCCAGUGCUGAUAAGAAUAGGGCGGGCUUGGAUGAGUUCAAACAGUUUUUGCGAGGAACGUCAGGAGAGAAGCUUCUAAAUCUGUGGAUAGAUGUUCAGACACUGAUGGCGUUGCAUACGGAAGAACGAAAAAAAAGAUAUUUAGUUCUGUUGAGGAACUGCUACCUGAGGAACAGCAGUCCUUGUUGUUUGCAUGUGGAGCUGCUUGCAAAGUUGGGGCUGUCGAACUCCCCCUGCUGGACAGAGGAGAAAUUGUUCUCGGUUCUUGAACUACUAACUGAGCCUCUACUCAGCUACUGGUUACCUCGGUACUGGAUGAAGACGUGUUGGAGACAGCCUGGCAGUCGCUCUGAAGAGUAUCUGUCCCCAUUCCAUCAUUCUGCUAUGACUCAGAUGUCUGCCAAAUGUGAGACACAAUUCGAAAGAAGAGUGAAAUCCAUGAUGACGUCUCUGUUUAUUGAGUUCCAGACUGGGCUGUACUUCACACACUACUGUGAACAAUCUGGAAACAAGCUGUGGGUAAACGCAGUUUACUUCUGGACAGACCUGCAGCACUACCAUGAACUGUUCCAACAGGAGCAAAUGGACCCCCAUAUUGUGCAGAGAGAGGCACAGGUCCUUUAUUCCACAUAUAUCUCCAGCUUUGCCAGAAGGAGCUUAAAUGUUAAGACCGAAAUCAGAAGAGAGGUGUACAACAAACUGAAGCCUGCUUUUGAGGAGCUGUUUGAUAGGGUGGAGGAACAUGCACUGGACAUCCUUCUGGAGCCGUGGACACAACUGAACCAGGGGGACAAUGAGUCAUUUCUGCAGGUGCCCGUGCACGAUGAGCAGCGGAGCUUCUACAGUCCAGAGUACAGAGAACUCCUGAGGAUCUGCAAGGAAUUAAAGCACCAGCAGAGACGGAUCAGCAGGCAACAGGUCAAAAAGUGGAAGCGGUGGAAGUCCAUGAAUAUUCCUAUAUCCGUCGAGCCAUUUCCUUCCUCAAAGACUCCCCGACACCUUGGUCUGUGGUCCAAAGUGCCUACAAAUUUUCAAGGUUAUCGUCUACCGACUUUACUUCGUCAUCCUGAAGAGAUCGGACACUUAAUGACUUUCUUGGAAGAAAAUGAAGCCAGCAUUCAUUUGAUGUGCUGGUUGGACCUAGAGCGGUACAAGACAAUUUCUAAGACCAACAAGACCUUCAGAAUGGAGAAGACAACUGUGAUUGUUAAAAAGUACCUGAGUGAAAACUACUUCUUUGGUCCUGACAGCCCUGCCACAAAAGAACAACAGCAAACAGUUUUAGAGAAAGCAGGUGGAGAGGAGAGGCUGCGGUCAGAAAUCCUCCCAAAUCUGGUUGUGGUUGUAAUCCAGGAUAUAAUCAGGCGUUACCUUGAUGACAGAUGGAUACCUUUGUUCCUCUGCACAAAAGAGUUCAUGGAGCGACAGAAAGCAAAGGAAAAGGAAAAGAUGCAAUCAGAAGAUAGAGCCAUACUGCUGAACCGGCUCAGAGCAAGGAAGGGUUCAAUGACGAGUACCUCCAGAGAUAUCCUUCUGUUUCGGAGAGCUCUUCUCAACCCGUCCACCUGCCAGCUUUUCCAGGACUAUGUGUCUGUGAAAGGAAACUUGCUGGAAAAUGAUGUGCGCUUCUGGGUGGAGGUACAGAGAUACAAGGACCUCUGCCAUUCGCACAGCAGUCUGACCAUCAUCCAGCAGAAAAUCUCCACAAUCAUUAGCUGUUUCAUCAACUCUUCCGUACCACCAUCGGUGCAGAUCAACAUUUCUCAUGAUCAGGCUCGCCGUAUUAUGGAAAGGCGUCGUGAGCUCGGCCCUUAUAUCUUCAGAGAGGCACAGAUAGCUGUGUUCGGUGAACUGCUGAAGCUUUGGCCCAAGUUUCAAGGGCUCAGGAAGAAACUCUCCAAAGCGGAGCUCAUUCCCCUGCUGCGGGAGAAGAGAUCCAAACACAGGGCCAGAAUACGGAAACAGAAACGGCUGGAGGAGGAGGAAGCUGAAAGAAGAACAAUGGAGAAACGAGAGUCGACCUUUACUCUCGCUGCGGAGAAGGAUGACCACGAUGGUAGCGAGGCGGAUCAAAAAGACAGACCUAGAGUGAAGUCACGCCACAGCUUCAGCUUCCAACGCAGAUUCAGCUUUCAACGUGCAAGCUUCCAACCCGGCGCGAGUAUCCAACACGGCCCGAGCUUCCAACACGGCCCGAGUUUCCAACACGGCACGAGUUUCCAACACGGCACGAGCUUCCAACUCGAGUUCCAGAUCUUCCCCAGCUCAUUCAUGACUCAUGCAGAACCACUGCUGUGGUCAUACUCCAAGUACAUGGAAGAGCAGCAGAAAGAGGGGGAUGACGUGCUCAGUUCACUUGAGAAUUCUGUCUCCACAGACUCAGACUCCAGCAUCCUGUCACUCAGCAGUAAGGAAAGCUCAUCGCGUGGCUUCACCAGGAACGUCACGAGAACGACCAGACGUGUGAAAACAUGUCCCAACCUUGGGUCCAGGAGGAACAUCCCUGCUAUCUGAGCAGGAGAGACGGCUGAGAGAGUAACUGAUACAUUGAUUAUAAGAAGUUGAAGACGUAUGAUAUUUAAAAAAUAUUUCUUAUUCAGGCCUAAGCCUUAUGGGGCCUGCUGAUUGUGAAAGUAGAGAUGUCCACGGUUUCAAUGCAACCUUUUUAGCUGCACUAAAAAUAAAAGAAUACUUCAUGUGA